UUUAUGCUCUUCAGUGCUGAGUGACUAGCAAGUUGGGAAAACAAAUAAACAAACAAACAAAAAAUAGCAUGGCAAGCAAGCAAGCUUCUGUGACAAAUUCAUGGUAUUAAAGCAAAAUUGCCAGACAUCAUGUGGGAAUUAGUGCCAAAAAAAAAAAAAAAGGACUGUUUUCAUGCUGGUUUGCUUCAUAAUUAGUUCCAAACUCCAGAGUGACCACCAGCUGCCAAGUAAGAAUAUUUGCUUAUGUUUAAUUUGGAGCAACUCAUAUGUUUUCCAGCUAAAGUAAACCAAAGCCAAAUCGGGGGAUUUUGGAAACCACGGGAAAUAAGGGGAACUCUAGAGUGUUUAAUAAUUACUUCCUCAUAAGACAUGCCCAAGAGGAAGAGAGAUGCUCUUCAGUCAUGGAGCGCUCUCCUAAGCAUGAAGGGGAUCAGGCUUUCUUCCCUCUGCUUACUGAUGCACCUGCUUCAGGAUGAGAUAACUAUGAUUUUAGUUUUGGAAAAUCAAGACCUGCAAGAUUCGAUUAAGCCGCAGAAGGUAGAGUUUCAUUCAUUAAACUUCAACAGCACUCUGCAUUGGCAGCCUGGGAGAGCCAGAGUGGCAGGAGACACAGUCUACUUUGUGCAGUAUAAAGUGUAUGGGCAGAGCACAUGGCAAAACAAAGAUGACUGCUGGGGGAUUCAAAACCAUGUCUGUGACCUGACAAAUGAGACCUCUGAUAUCCAAGAGCCUUAUUACGGCAGAGUGAAAGCCGCAUCAGCUGGCGUCUAUUCUGACUGGAGCCUCAGCUGCAGAUUCACUCCCUGGCGAGAAACUAUGAUAGGACCUCCGACAGUAACUGUGAUUCAUAGCAACAAGUCCAUAACCCUAAAACUCCAGGCUCCACGGUCUCCUUACAAAAGGAAGAGAGGCAGCAAGAUACCAAUGACAAAUUAUUACGAUCUGCUAUAUCAAGUCUUCAUAAUAAACAACUUGCUAGACGAGCAACACAGAGUCCUGGUGUAUGAAGGAAAAAACAAGAUUAUUAAAAUAGAAGACUUGAGGCCUGGAGUCAGCUACUGCAUCGUGGCUAAAACAUACGUGCCGAUGCUGGACCGCAGCAGUGCCUACAGCAGCAGGCAAUGCACCGUGCUGCACUGACAGUGAUGGCACCUCUGCAACAGUUAUAGGAAUAAUGGCAGAAGGUGCCUCCCAUCAGAGAUCCAGCUGUAAAUCAUCAUCUGUGGUCUAUGUCUGGAAUACAUACUUGGAUACUUUCUAAAUUAACCUUUGCUGCAUUCAAUGAUUUGAUUCAUCAUAAACAUUUUAUGUCACACAAGGGCCAAGGAAACUUUGUAUGACCUAUAUUACAAUUUAAAAUGGUAUAUAUUUGCAUUUAGAAAGGAAAUAGUCAUGUACUGUAAUAAAAAGAAGGCAAAAAACACUUGUGAAAAUAUCCUUAAGAUUGUUUCCAGGGCUUUUUUUAUUUUAAGCCUUGAAAUUAAAUUUAUAAAAUAGAAGUUUUGGAUUAUUUAUUUCUUCUACAACAAAAGUUGCAAGAGAAGACAAAAAAAGCAUCCUUUCUUUAAAAUAAGAAUAGUCUAUGAUUAGGCAGAGCUCAUUUAAACUAAAACAGAAAAGGUGCUCACUCUCAGUCAAUAACAGAUUUUUAAAUGGAAAACACCUCUAUUUCAACUCUUUCACAGUAAAUGAUGAAUGGAUGGUGACCAUCACCUGUGAUUUCUAAUCACAGAAUAGUUCAGGUUGGAAGUGACCUCUAGAGAUCAUCUAGUCCAACCCACCUGCUAAAGCAGGUUCACCAGAGCAGAUCACACAGGAAUGUGUCCAGGUGGGUUUUGAAUGUCUCCAGAGAAGGAGACUCCACAGCCUCUCUGGGCAGCCUGUUCCAGUGCUCUGGCACCCUCAAAGUAAAGAAGUUUCUCCUCAUGUUUAGAUGAAACCUCCUUUACUUCCAUCUGUGCCCAUUGCCCCUGAUCCUAUCAUUAGGCACCAUUGAAAGGAGUCUGGUCCCAUCCUCUUGACACCCACCCUUUAGAUAUUUAUAAGCAUUGAUGAGAUCCCCUCUCAGUCUUCUCCAGGCUGAACAGACCCAGCUGUCCCAGUCUCUCUUCAUAAGAAAGAUACUCCAGACCCCUAAUCAUCUUUGUAGCCCUAAAUGAUUUUAUUCCUACAAGUCUUCAUCUCAUAAAUGAGAAGAUUUCCUGGGCAAGGUCUGGGUAAUUAUCCACUAAGUUACCCCAGAAUGGAGAGAUGAAGUGGCUUUUUCACAUUUGCAAGGUCUGUAGCUAAUGAGAAUCUUAAUACUUAACUACAUUCUACUAUUGCAAAUUAAAUGAGAGGAGGUAAGAGUGGGACAGACACAAGAUGGCAAAGCAAGGCUGGGGAAAAAGGAGCUUCCCUAGUACAUAAUCACUAUCACUUUUCCCUUAAUUCACAUACACAAGGGUGGAUCAGUUCACUUUAAGUAACAGACCUUGAGUUCACUUAAGCUACACUGAAACCAUCAAGACCAUGAAUUUUCAUGGUCUGUUGCUAACACCUUAUGUGGAGGUAGCUCUCCUGAGAGCUGCACCAGGACAUUUGGGAGAAGAUUGUGCUUAAGUAAGUGAAUGCUGGUCACUUUCAUGUUCACCAAAAUGAAAAAAAGCAUUACAUAUUAAAUAUUUCCACUAUCUGAUUCUAAUGUGAUAUAUUUGAAUGACUAGAUUUGCCGGCAUAUAACUGCAUCCAUGUAUCUAGCCCACAAAGCCAGGUUCCUUUCACCAUGCUUCCCUUUUUGCUCUUACAUUUUUUCCAAUUAUUUUACCCUGCCCACAUAACUCAGUUUCUUAAUUUAGGUAAGUUUCUUUGGGAAAUGGGACUUAUUAAAUCUCUGUAUAGUACCCAGCACCAUGACAAGUCUCAGGUCCAGAAUUGUCCUGGCACCACUCUUGCACUGGGCAGAGCCACAUUAAAACCAUCCAGGCAAACUAUUACAAAAUAGCCUGUCUUAUAUUUCAACAUUGGUGACUUCAUCCACUUAUGGGCUGUCACAGCCUGAAAACAGUAUCUGCAGUAAUUCAAGUUCUUUCUCAAAUUCACUUCUUUCCUUAGGAUGACUCAUAUUGCCAUUGUUACACAAAGAUAAAGUUUUAUUAACGUAACAUCUACUAACCCUAGUCUGGGAAGAGACUCUGGCAAUGCUGGAUACUGCACCUAUGUUAGACGCAGAGGCUGAAACUAUUUAGGGCUCUAAAUCUUAAAGAAGAAAUUUAAAAAAAUAAAAAAAUAACAGUGGUAGAUCUAUAGGUGUGCUGGAAGCAUUCAGGCCUGGCUGGAAAUAUAGUAGCUGCCAUGCUAUGAAUCUAUGGAAACAUCAGAAACCUGAAAGUUUUUCUAUUUGAUGAAACUAUACAAAAUGUGCAGCACUUAUACUGGGAAAACCAAUAAAAGGUCUGGAGAAAUCUUGCGCUGUUAUGCUUGCUAGCCAGAUUUCACCUCCUUAGCAAUAAUGCAGGUUUACAGAAAGUCAUGCAAGUGUUGCAGGAACAAUCCACUUCUAUUCUGAUGGUACCAGGAUUUAUUAUUGCCAACCCCGUGAUGUUCUGCAGAAACCAAUUUUCUCUUUCAGUUUGAAAUACAAACUUCCUUUCAGCUCUGCUCUGACAUGUAAUUUUACUUGGAAAGGGUUUGGUAAAAUGACUGUUGCUGUAUUUUUUCCCUGCAAUUAGCUGUAGUGGCAUGUUCCCAAAACAUGCUUCACUGGGCUUGCAGGAUGGGGCUCCUGCAGGGAGAAGUACUUUGCAGGAGCACAUACCAGUUGGGUGAUCUGCACCCACAGCUUCUAGACAGUGUUGAUAACGUAGUUUUUAAAUACAACUUCGUUGGUGCCUUAGCUUGCAUGCUGCAUUGCUGUUUAUAUCUCCAUGAGGGGGUAACAAAAGAAGAGCUCUCCCAGGCUCUAAACUACAGCUGGGGCUUUCUUACAGUUUGGAAAUACCUGGAAAAGUGAGCUGUGGCUCACUUUCCUUCUGGCUUCACCUGAGGACACCAAGAGGCAAUCUGCUGUGGGUCCACCUCUCCAGAGCUACCUGGGGUGACACAUGGCUCCAUGGUGGUCAGCGCACAGGCACACCACUCAGUGCAGGACACCUUUACAUUGUCAGCUUGACUUCUGACCAUAGGUUUGCAAGGCCCAGCUGAAAACACCCUUCUCUUGGUGUUUUAGCUACAGAGCACUUUCUAACCAUGUGUCAAAUGCCAGCUUCUCUUUCAGGAAAGAGAGAAAUAAAUUAUGGCUUCUAGGACUAUGGCAUAGGGUGGGGACGAUUAAGCAGUGUGGCAAAAGCAGGACUUGUGCAACUAACUCUGUGAGGCCUUGCAUGUGGUGUUACCAGGGGAUGUCUGCAGUCAUGGGCACAGCCUGUCGCAAUGGCCUCAUCUGGCCAAGUCCCUUUGUUGAAGCUGAGUGUCCUGCCAAUGAGGAAUAAACAUCAUAUCUUUAGAAGUCUGCAGCUAUUGAUCUUCGUGUGAAGUAGAGCCCAUCCCACAAGGGUCUACCCUUCUUUCUUUCAUGAUCAUGGCUGAAUAUUAUGUUGUCUGUUGGAUGGAGUAAGAUCUUGUCUCCCACUAUAAAUGGCUUACACUUCCCAUUCCACCAGCACUCACAAGAGCAGUAGCCAGCUACGAGAAAUUCAAGAAUGGGACUCCGGAAAAGCUGAUAGAACAACAGCAAUGAACCAGAUGCUCCAGCCUUAUAAAUUAGGAGAAGAUUAUGCAUAACCAGCUGUACCAUAUAAAUGCCCAGUUUUAUAUGAUGCCAUGAUCCUCAGUGUUUAUCAUAUGGUCUAGCAUCUGGCCAGUCCUGUUCAUACCUCCCAUAUAUCUGCUCUAAUCAGAGAUGGACUUGAGGUUUAUUUAUUUGUAUGACUUGAUCUCAGCUAAGAACUGCUCUCGUGGCCCAGGGGUGGGGUCCUGUUGUGAAAUGGCAUAGGUUUUUGCCACAGAUCUACUAGACAUUAUCAAGUAUUCCAAGUUACAGGUGAGUGUUUCUGUGAAUUUUCUAUAUUUUCAACAUUUGCUACGAUGAACAAAGAUACUAAUCUGUAAAAUCUGUCUGAUAAUAAAAAAAGAAGAAAGGAGAAAAUAAACCCCCAGAUUCCUGAGGUCUAGUUUGCCACGAAGGAUACAAGACAUAGAGCAAGAGUACUUCUGCAGAAAAGCAGAGGGAAAGAAGUUGCACUGGUGUUCAUCAUAGGGAAAGUUACAGUCUCCUUCAUAACUUGUUUUCAGAAUCUUUUACAAAGUGCUUCAAAGGAAAAAAAGAAAACAACACCUUGAAAAUUUAAUUCCAUGACUGAUGAAAUCAUUGGCUGUUUUAUUGCAACUCCUGUGUUUUGAGUCCACUGUAGGCCAAGCUCAACCAGUCAUUGCUGCCAGAAUUUUGGCUUUGGAUGGGGAAAAAUGGAAAGCUUGAUCCCUGAUGCUUACAAGGAAAGUUCAAAAAGGGAAUUCCUGAGACAAUUGGGGUUUUUCAGCCCAGAGAAGAGAAAGCUCCAGGGAGACCUUAUUGCAGCCUAUCAGUACUUUAAAGAGACCUAUAAGAAAGACAGACUUUUUAGCAGGGUGUGUUAUAACAGAACAAGGGGUAAUGGUUUUAAACUAGAAGAUGAGGGAUUCAGGCUAGACAUAAAGCAGAAUUUUUUUACAGGUGUGGUAAAGUACCGGAACAGGUUGCCUAGAGAAUUGGUAGAUGCCCCAUCCCUGAAAACAUUCCAGGCCGGGCUGGACGGGGCUCUGAGCAACCUGAUCUAGUUGAAGAUGUCCCUGAUCAUUGCAGGGCUUGGGCUAGAUGACCUUUGAAGGUCCCUUCCAACCCAAACUAUUCUAUGAUUCUAUGAUGACCAGACUCUUCAGAAUUGUCCUUACUUUUAAACACAGGAAGAGGAUGAAAAUGAAGAGCCAUUGUGAUAAUUGCUAUACCUACAAAGGGGUAAUGGGAAAACUGUCAUUAAUUUGUGUCAAACAACGUCAUUCUGACACAGCGCCUUAUUUUUUUGGGUUUUUUUGGGCGGGGGGUGGGUUAAGAAAUCAUAUAAAUCAUGCCAAUUUCCAAAAAACAGUCAUAAGCUCUUCUUUUUUCAUUUUGUAACAACAGAAGAAUAUUUUUAAGCAUUGUUUGUUAUGGGACACUGGGUUGGUUUAAUAGCUGACAAGUACAUUAUUGUUAUAGAACUGGGCUAAGCUCUUAUUUCUGGGCCAAAUUCUCACUAUAAAUUCUUACAUUGGGAAGAAUAAAGCUCCUAAAAGAUAUCAGUAAAAAGAAAAACAAUAAGGUUGUCUCUGUUGAAUCACUCUUAAACCUUUUCAGAGGGUCUGUGAGUCAGUAAUCAUGCCCUGAGUAGAAUGAGAAUCAGAGAGACAAACCUGGGUAAGAAACAGCUGGAAAAAGCUGAUUUAAGCUCUGAAGCAUCAGAAAGAGGCUGCAGAGCAGCAGGGCGACUAAUACACGGAGACAAAACGAAGUGUGCACAGAGAGGGGCUGGGAAGCAAAGUGCCUUUCAGCACCAGAGCAGAAAUGUGUAUUUCAACAAGCUUAUAAAAUAGGAGAAAAGUGAUUUGGCCAGCAAUACAGUAUAACUGCUGGCACAGGCGCUAAACAGGUUCUGCCUUGGAAAAGGACUGCUGUAUUUUACAAAGCAAAACUAUUUUAUACGUACCCAUAGCCAAGGAAAAGAUACGCCUGUAAGGACUCAACAUUUAUGUGUUCUGCUCAGAGAGACAAUUUCGGCUAUUUCACUAGAGAUUUUAGAGGGCAAACAGCAAUUACCAAGAGGAUUUCAAAAGCUGGAGAGAGAAAUUUGUCACUGGAAGAAGCAGCACCAGUUACUGGAAAGGCUUACUCAUUGCAGCUGUUCAAGAAACAGGCAUAGACAUGCAGUGGGACUCAGUCACCUCAACAUAAGUGCCCAGUGCUAUUUAAUAUACCUCUGAGUUUCCAGAACAUUUGCACAUGGUUGGCAGAUACAGCAAAGGUUCUUCAGGAGACCUACAUCUCCACAGUUGGCAGCUGAAGUCAUGAGGAGAUGUCCCAUAGGCGUGCACUAAACGUCUGUGUUUGGGUGACUGAAGCUCUACCCCAGUUAGUGAAAUGCUACUGUAAUGUACUAGUGGGAUAGUUACAAAGUACAAACUGGACCCUGAAGUCAUGUGUAUAUGAUUUAUAUGGUUACAUUAAUAAAUUUGAAGAUAAAAUCUUUUUAUGGGGAUGGAACACAGAUGAGAAAAUCUUGGUGGGUACACUGGAGUUAGAGAGAGCCUUGGGUGCCUUAGUCUUUCUAAUGAGGAGGGCCUUCCCUUUGCAUUUGAAUUAUGACUUAUACAUUUGAAUGAUCUCGUGGCAAAUGGAGUAUGAAGAAUGGAACUCUGAAGAGUGCAUGUGAAGAGACUGCAGAAAUAGAAUUAGAUGCUAGUUUGGUACUGCUUUAUGGCAUGUUCCUUCUGAAUACCUUCUUGAAGCUGAUUCUCUCACCUGCUAAAGUAUUGCUCCACUUUGAUAAAUACCAUUAAAAAUAAUGUCAAAAGCACAGAAAAUGAUUAAAUAAGUUAAAAUCUUUCAGCCACACAAUGACAUGUAUCAUAAUGUCAUCCCUGAGAGCACAAGGCCACCAUCUCUUGCCAAGUUGCCCCUUAAUGGUGUUUGCCCCCAAAAGACAGAUUUCUAGAAAUAACAGGAGAUACAAUGCCAUAAAGUGUAAUGUACUUUGAGUCCUCAAGUUUUGACACAGAAGAGGCUGGGAUCAAGCAGAAGCAAUAUGGGAAAUGCUGAGCAGGACAUCCCCAAGGCUAGGAAGUCCACCUGGGAGAAACAGGGAGAGCUGUUAUUGCACGUUCCAUGCAUGCACCUCCUUGCUCUGCAAGCCAUGCUACCACCCCCCAAAGAAAAGAAGGAAAGAGCCACAAGCAAGCAAGAGCUGCUGCAGCAGUGCACUCCUUUAGUGUGUGCAAACAGUACCUGUGAUGCACUGGAGUAAAGCUGACCAAAAUGGCUUAGGUUGGGAAAGUUUUUUUCCCUAAUUUUUAUAUCUGUUGUGUAUUAAAGACAGCUGAAAGCACUAACUCAUAUUACCAGCAGCUAUCUAAAGGAACAUUUUGUAGUUUAUUUUACCACAACUGACCAUUAGAGCAGAAACCAUGCUGCUACUUCCCGAUAAAGUAGGAAAAGUAGAAUUUUAGAGCCAGGCCAUCAACAUGAGGCCCUGUCUUAGUGAAACCAUGACCUGGCAAGCUGUGGCCAGAAACAUGACCUCUCAAGGUCCAAUGAUAGCUAGUCAUGUUACAAGUUAAAGUGGGGAAAUAAGCCAAACAGGGAAGGGCAAAUUGAAUAGCAGAGAAGCUUCAGUUCAUUUUCCCUAUGCCCCCACAUUGUAUGUGAAUAGGAUCGAUUGAAACACUUCCUGACAAGUAUUUCUAAUGAAAACUUGGAAUUUUACUGAAAGAAAAAUAUAUUUGUUAAAGUAUCUUCCAUAACAUCAUGUUUUUCAAGUGAGAAAACAAAACAAGUUUCUUUUCUCUGUGGCCAAAAACCCACGUCCUUAAUUUUCCAGUCUGUAAGAUUUCCAAUGCCAUGUCUAAAUUUCCUGGAGUAGGACAGGAGUGGAAAUUUUCCUUGACAGCUCUGGGCAGUCUUUAUAUAACACAUCCAGCCAGAGUUCAUACUCCAAACAGUAAGCUUUGGGAAUGUUUUCAGGAAGUUGUUAUUUCUCUGAAAGUAGAAUAGUUCAGUAACCCUUCCUGGAAAACAGUGUACAUCCAUGACCCGAGGCAGGAGGUAAGAAAGAGGACAUUGUCCUGCAUGGCCUUCAGUCCUAAGAGGGACACUCAUGUCAGAAGUUGAGGUUACUCCGAUCAUCCUCUGCUUCUUAUUAAUGACACCCAGUGACUUCACUAACAGAGACUGACCUAUCAGCAUUAUGUUGACAUGAAAACAAAGAAUCUCCCACACCUUGGGUCAGGCUUCUUCCCUGCUGUAAGGUCUUUGCUCCUGCUCACUCCAUGCAAGUUUCACAGAUUACACCUUGCAACACCUGAUUUCCUGGCUAGAAAAGAAAAACAAAAACAACAAUGCGCCCCUCCCACCCCCCCCAACCACCACCACCACCAAAACCAAACCAAACCAAAAGCAAAACAAAACAAACCAAACAAACAAACAAAAACCCCACAAAACAAAACAAAAAGAAACUUCUGCUAUGUAUGUAAUCACGAGGGUCCGGGCAGCUUGCUGAGGCUUGCACCUAACCAACAGUAUUAACUUCCCACUCUACAUUUCAUUUCAAAAUAGUGCAGAAUAGGGUGUACCUUCAUAAAUAACCACUAUUAAAAUAAUCUGUUUAAUGUUCAAAUGGCACUGCCAGUAUUUCUAAUGAAUUUCAAGGCUUGAGCAAGCUGAAGUGUGACCACAAGUAUGACCAACCAGUGGGAAAAAGAAGGGACUGGAAGUCAUUAAAUCCAUAUCCCCAGGGCAAUCUGCAAGCAGGCACAACAGAAUACAGAAACUAACUGCUUGUAUUAUACUAUAUAAAUAGUAACAUUUCUUAAGUAGAAGUGUUUUAAGAGGCUCUUAUCAAGGCCAUCUACGGAUUAUGUCACUACCUGCCUUAAAGCAUUUCAGUUAGCUGGAGAGUAGAACGGGCAGGCUCGCUGAGAGAAGGUCAGCCACUCCUGUGAGUGUAAGUCCUAAGGUACCCUUGGGAUAUGGAGAAUACAGAAUGUCCUAGCAUUGUUUACAGUUUCUUAAUGGCCAAGUAAGAGAAAAGAGUGAGAGGCUCACUCUUCUUUCUGGUCCAUCUUGCAUUGGCUGCCAUUACUCAGGGGGGCUGCAUAAGUAACCCCACAAGUGGCACCAGACAUAAUGGGUGUGGAUGACCGUAAAUCUGGGAUGCUAUUGCAGCUAUUGCAGAGAGGCUGUGGAGCACAAGUAGAGUCAGACUCUUCACUUGCUAUAGGCUCUGCCAAAAUUUGAACUGGCUUUCACAAUCCCAUGGCUAACUUCACGCCAUGACACAGGCCAUCUGCGUUCUUAGUCAUGGUGUGUGUAAAAACAUCUGAUGUGAGUGUUUCACUGCCAUAGAAAAAUCAGAAUUGCUUGGUAAACACAAUCCCAUUUUCAAAACAACAAGGAAAAAAAAAAUCAAACCACAGUCAUAGGCGUAAUUUCUUUUAUUUGCUAAACUUACAUAGCUUGGCAUGAGCUGUACCUGGAAAAGUGUGUUUCAGAACUGAAGCUUAAAUGAAUGUUUGCAGUCCCCUCAUUUGUUCAAAUAAAAGCAUAAAUAAACCUGAGAACCAAAUGAGCUUGAGUAGAUUUUUUUGUUCCUGAAACAGGUUUGGUUUUAUUUUCUGGGAAGAUGUAUAUUUCUAUUCAGUGAACACAGCUAUAUCUCCACAGACUGGGGGGAGGAGAUGAAAAGAACAACAGCAAAAUCCAAAAUCCCAAGGCAACGUUUUCUAAGGAAAUCAGAGUACUCUAAAGAUAACAGUAUGGCUGAACCAUACAUGAGAUUAUACUGACAUGUUGUGGCAAGACAGUAGUAAUGCAAUGCCUUAAUCACUUCUGUGUCCUUAAACUCCUCUGCUACUCCCCUCCCUCUGGUUGAAGAAGUAUGGAGUCCUUAGUCCCAAACUAAAGACAGGGACAAGAAACCUGAGAAAAUAUAUAAGCAAGACCUCAUGACUGGAUCCUUCCAGUGCUUCCAGCCAUAGUAUCUGAGACAACUGAAUCAUUUCCACAUCUUACCAUACUGAAAAUCCUUGUCCAGUUAUGGAGAGGUAGAGCAGAUUGUGUCUCUGUCUUUGAAUCCAGAGCUGAAAUCCCUACACCCCACACAGCUGCAGCUGUGGCUUUGGAGGCCUCCAACCUCUGAGCUUUCAGCCAGCCAGAAAUCUCUUUGUUUUCCAAGAAAUUAUCCAUGAGUAACUCAGUUGAAUAAUCUUUCCCACAUCAUUGAUGUUUUGGAAAAAUGUUCAGACAUGAUGAAAAAAGUUGAGACACCACAUUUUCAGAGGAAAAAAGAGCAUGAUGACAAAAUAAUUCCCAGAACUGGGAAUAAUCCAUCUGGACUGAAAGUCCCGUUGGCCACAGUAAGAAGUAGUCAGGCAGGACCCCCCCAGCCUGCAGAGCUCAGAACUGCAGUUUUAACAAUUUUAGCCUUUUCAAAUAAGAACACAUAUUGUGAGCAUGAUCACUAUAUAUCUCUCCCAGUGCAGUUUCAUCACUAGUUGGAACUCCUCCUUUGUCUUCCCAGCAAAUGCCCUAGACUAUUAAUAAUAAAAUAUUGUCAGCUCCUUCUAAUGACUUCUGGCACUAUUUUUGUCAUCUAGCAUGGACUUUGAAGCCUUUCAAUCCAUGGACUCAGAAGAAUCAGACUUAGUGACAGAGAGCUGCAACUCGUCCUAACCAGAGAACAGUUGUAGUAGGAGGGUGAAGGGUGAUGUGAACCAAGGUUAACCCAUCAUAGUUCCACCACAACAUCAGUUGCACAAGCUGGGAGACUUCUGCAGCGUUACUUGGUGCACAGCCACAGCUGCAGCCUUCUUUCUGGGCUAUGAGAAAAGUUUCAGACACUGAGCCUCUUUGUAUGACCGCAGAGACCACAGUCAUUUAAACAGAAAACCAGUCAGCAGAGCUCAUGUAUCCUAGGUAAGAGGAAAGAUGUUUCCGUGAGGAACACUUUUCAGAGAUCGUUUUCUUCAGUGGAAAUUACUGAUUUAAAUACCUCUGUUUUCAGAGCGCUUUGAAACCUUUAAUGUAUUUAUCUUUGCAGUAUCCCUGUAAAACAGGGAAGGGCUCUAAUCUCAUCUAUAAAGAUAUUCAGAGGUGUUUGUAAAGAUAUACAGGCACCAAAACACCUUUGAACUAAGGGAUUUGCUAAGAUUUCUGGGAAAGAUUAUGGGCAGUGCUGGGAACUGGACCUUUUUUUCUCUCUUCUGAGGAUCUCAAAUACUAGACUUCUGUGACACUGCCUAUCACUCAUAAAUAAUUAUCAAAAUAUACAUGAAUGCCAAAGUUGAACGAAAGUCUCCUUUGCAACAAAGAUAAUUAUGGAGUUCAUAGCACAGUCAACAGACUCAGUGGUUAAAGUUCACCCUGAAUCAUAAGUGCCAAGUCAUUUAAAGGGGAAAUAUCCAUUCUGUCUUGCUGUGUUUCAAAGGCACAGAAAGCUACAGAACAGCUGCCUCAGCAGCAGAAAUGACACUCCCUUAUCUGAGACCACCCUGAAUAACUAAAGACACAUCCCUUUUUUUGGUUUUGGGUUUGGUUUUUUUUUUUUGAUGCUUGGAAGAAAACA